CGGGCGAGUUGCUCGCACGUGUGUAUUGUUUAAACUGCCCGAAACAAACGAGCACUCUGAGCGUACAAACUUCCAGAGGGAGACAUGGCGGCCGUGGUGUCCGUUAGCUCAGCUGCCAGAGACGACAAAUCUUAUACUGGUGCCAAUUUUGUCACUAAUCCACUCUUUAAAAGUUACGAUCAAGCAGCCGAAUCUGAUAGCUGGGGCUUUGAACAUGCCGAUGGGGACGCCGGCGAUGUGGGUUCACCAACGGGCAGCGAGUGUGCCCGACGGGUCGAUGAUGAGCUGACGGCCCUCACUCCAGAAGAGAUCGCGAACCGUUUGGAAAGGACGAGAAGAGAGUUUUACAAUCGCCGCAAAAUAAUCAUUAAAAACCUCCCCGCUGAUAUUAGCAAUCAGGAAGUGCAUGAGCUGCUAAGCAAUUAUGAUAUGAAGUACUGCUUUGUGGACAAGUACAAGGGAACAGCCUUUGUGACGCUGCUGAAUGGCGAGCAGGCCCAGUUUGCCAUUAAGGAAUUUCACCAGUACGUGCUCCGUGACCGUGAGAUCUCUGUACAGCUGCAGCCUACAGACGCUUUGCUGUGCAUCGCCAACCUGCCCAGGGCUUUCACCCAGCAACAGUUCGAAGAGCUCGUCCGGCCCUUUGGAAACAUCGAACGCUGUUUCCUAGUGCACAGUGCCACCACAGGCCACUCGAAGGGCUAUGGGUUUGUGGAGUACAUGAAGAAGGACUCUGCCGCAAGGGCCAAGUCAGAGCUGCUGGGGAAACAGCUUGGGUCACGCAUGCUUUACGUUCAUUGGACCGAGGUUGGCUCUCUCACUUUCCCCAUGCUACAGUCACGUUGCCUCUGUGUCGACCGACUACCUCAAAGCAUCCUUGCCGCUCAGGAUCUCCGCAAUGUGCUGUCAGACACACACGUGCCCAUAUUCUGCCAGCUUGCACAGGGUCAAGACUGCAACUUUCGCCGGUUUGCGGUACUAGAGUUUUCUACGCCUGAGAUGGCCGAGGAAGCUCAACGUCUCACGGAUGGAAGAGCUUUAGGUGGCACACACAUACGGGUGUCCUUCUGUGCUCCCGGACCACCAGGAAGAAGUAUGCUAGCGGCCCUCAUCGCUGCCCAGACCAUGGCCUUGAACCGAGGAAAAGGUCUCCUUCCUGAACCUAACCCUAUGCAGAUCCUUACAGGUCUGAAUAACCCUGCAACACUUAAGAUGCUCCUGGCAUCUCUCAACCCUGGACAUAAACAAGGUCUUCUGGGAGCUCCGCCCAAUGUACCGCUGCUGGCUAACCCCGCCCUUUCUGCCGCACUUAUGCAACUGAUGCUCCAGAACCAAGUCCAACAGCAAGCGCUUUUAGGGAACCCUCUAAUUUGGGCACAGCUUCUGCACAGUAAAGAGUUCAAUCUCCUUUCUUGUGCUGGAUUGCUGAGCGAAAGUACUUUAGCUUCUCUUCCCCUCCAACAAGGCAUUAACAUGUUGGGAGAGUUACCUCAAGGUGGUAUUGCUUCAAGUCUGGGCUUGCAGAAUGAGCCUGUUGGCCCCAUUAAACAACCAUCUCAGAGCAGACCAUUAGGGAGAGAAACUGAGACAUCAACCACCCCGAUUGGCUUUCCUCCAACGCCUUCUCCUGUGUUACAAGGAAUGAACGUACCCCUAUUGGGUGGUAUGUUGGGUGGAGAUGGGCCGACUCUUCCAGGGGUUUCUAUAUUGGGCGAACCUCCUAAAGACGUUGGUGUAUCCCAGAACCCCUUUCUCACUGCUCCUAGCAUAUUUCCAUCUUCAGGUGCCAGCACAAGAGCCCAUCCCUACAGAAAAAGGACAGCGGUGGGCAGCACAUCCAACCAACGCACAAAUCACAGCAUUCAUUCGAACUACAGCCUGCGCUUCCAGGACUCGUACACACCAGAGUUUCCUCCUCUGCACCAGGACCCCUUGUCUCACCUGUAUGAGCAGCAAGAAGUUUUGGAAAAUUCAGUGCUUUCUGGUUAUGGAGUUCAGUCUAGACAUGCAGGCUUCAGUGAUUCAGGGUCUCCUUUUAGCUACCCACCUAGCCCACCACAGUCUUAUUUCAGCUUUGGGAUCCCUGCAAACAUCCAUUCCAACCAGCUCAAUAAGGCCGUUGGAAUGCCUCCAGUGACUCAUCCCAACCCAUUUUCUGCUGCACCUGGUGCUGGAAUGAAGACUCCCAUAGGUGGGCACAAGCGUCUGUUCUCCCGUCUCAUCCCAUCUCCAGAGCCCAGUCCCGAGGGUGGGUACGUCGGUCAGCACUCUCAGGGUCUCGGGGGACACUACGCCGACUCCUACCUGAAACGCAAGCGCAUCUUUUAACGAGCUAUCAGGGGCUUUCACCAAACGGAUGCCACCUAGUUAUUACUACCUUUUUAAGUGUGUGUGCGAGGGCGGUAAUGAGAGAUGGGACGGUCACUUGGGCACAGGAACCACUGGAGGACCCUGAAGCUCAGAUGAUCAGUCUUAUGUUGGUGAUUGUGUUCUUUUUGUAUGUUCUUUCAAUGUGUAUGUAAAUAGUUGUUGUAUUUUAUUUUGCUUUUUAAUUUUAUUUUAAUUUACUUUUUUUGUCAACCCAAAGAUGCAACGGAUACCAUAAUGAAAGGAUUCCCACACCCUGUUGGUCUAAAUAGUCCUGUUCGGUAGCCUAUUUUUUUUAUUUUGGUUUAUUUGAUUUCAUUAAGCAGGACAAUAGCCUUUAUCAGCUAUGCUUCUCAUUGGUUGUGUAUAUAGUUGUUCAAUGUCUAGUAUAGCUCCCCCACUACCAACAUAGCAGUGCCAAGCCUAAUAUGCUUAUCGCAUUUAGCUGUACAGAUAUGGUAGCUGUCUGUUUGGUUCAUCCUCUUAACGGAGCUUUUACGCUGGGUUAGUUUAAGUUUUUUUUCCCACAAUGCACCAUUCUUGUUGCACUACUUUCCAUCCCUCCAUUGUAAUAGAAAGUCAAGGUUUUUCCCAUAGUGAAUGUUUGUUGCACUUGGAGGAUGCGCAUCAUGUAAAUCCAUCCUCCUAAACGUGUCCGUUUCUCACCUGUAGUGGUCUCGUUUCACGCCUGUUCUUGGUUUUUUUGCCUGCUUUCCCACCUCUCUUAUCUUGUUCGAUCGGCACACUUUGCUGUUGCAUAGAGUUAGUAUCUCCGCUAUCACAUGUGAAGCCCCAGCUGUUUGGAGAUGGCAUUUGAGGGGCUUUGCUUCCCCCACACCAGGCUCCAAGCAGAGAAAGCACAGUAUGCCUGCUGUUGCUUCUGUGUUCCCCACACAAAAUCGUAGAAAAAGUGCCAUUCCUCUGCAGACCAACAGAGGGAGCCAGUUAGCUUUUAAGGUGGCACUGCUUCAUAUGAAAAUUGCAGACUUUACUUGCCCACAGUUUCCUUUUUUGUUUAGUUUAGUUUUUUUUAUUAAAUGAGAGCCAACAGUCUGAAGCAGGCCGGACCUGUGCCCCAGCGUGACGUUUAUUUUACCGUAGUAACUGUGACUGUCAUUUCUCUCUCUCUCUCUGUGGGUUUUAACUGCUUUGCCCCAGAGAGGAAGUGACAUCUGCAGACUGGAAUGUGAUUUAUUUUGUCUGUGUGAAUUAUUAAUCUGGUUGAUAAUUUUUGAUUUGUGAUAACGCAUUACCUCUUAUUUCUUACCGUGGCUUACAAUGAGCCAGGAGUUACUCAUGUGCCUGCCUUAAUAAGGCGGUGUUUACUGUAAUCUCUCCUCACUGUGAGGCCGAACUACAUUUAACAUUAUUUGCCGUGUACAUGCUUGAGUUUUUUUUCUGGAGUCCUGAACUCUUGUUGUCGUGUUUCAUUUGGUCUGUAAUGAUACGAACAAUGCUGCUUUACAUUUUGUGUGUAUCCAUCUGAGUGAGAUCGCACUAUGUUGUAAUUGAUUUUUCACGUGCGACACGUGGCAAUAGCUACUGCUGUGUAAAAUGAACUUGAACCUUUCAGGUUAUUCAUCUGUUAAAUGACCUCUUCAGUCAUUCUUUUCUUUGUACAGCUCUACUGCUCUGUGUUGUGACAUUUGAACAAGUAAAUGUUAUUUAAGUUCA